UAAAUCGCCACAUCUCCUCACUUUCCCCUAUACAUACACAAAUUAUAUACAUAUAUACAUUUCCUACACACACAAAAUCACACACACCAGAAAUGGGGUUAGGGUUGCUAGCAUCAAAGACUCAUAUCCUCCGAUCCAAACUCCUCCAACCAAACCCUAAAACCCUAACUUUCAUCAGAUCAAUCGUAUCAACACCCGACCUCAAAAAACCCGAAUCAUCAGCCGCCGCAGAAGUCGCACCCGAACCGGAUCUACCGAAACGGACACCAGUAGCUGGAGCAAGAGUUCAUUUCCCUAAUCCAGAUGACGUCAUAGAGGUUUUUGUUGAUGGAUAUCCUGUUAAGAUACCGAAAGGUAUGACUGUGUUACAGGCGUGUUCGGUUGCCGGUGUCGAUAUUCCGAGAUUUUGUUAUCACGAUCGGCUUUCGAUUGCCGGAAAUUGUCGGAUGUGUUUAGUUGAAGUUGAAAAGUCUCCUAAACCUGUUGCUUCUUGUGCCAUGCCUGCACUUCCAGGGAUGAAAAUUAAGACCGACACACCAAUAGCAAAAAAGGCACGCGAAGGAGUGAUGGAGUUCCUUCUAAUGAAUCAUCCACUCGAUUGCCCAAUUUGUGAUCAGGGUGGGGAAUGUGACCUCCAGGACCAAUCCAUGGCCUUUGGAUCAGAUAGAGGCCGUUUUACAGAGACUAAGAGAUCUGUUGUCGAUAAGAAUCUUGGUCCAUUGGUCAAGACGGUGAUGACUCGGUGCAUCCAGUGCACCAGAUGUGUUCGGUUUGCAAGUGAAAUAGCUGGAGUGCAAGAUCUUGGAAUGUUAGGGCGUGGAAGUGGUGAAGAGAUUGGUACUUAUGUGGAAAAACUCAUGACCAGUGAACUUUCAGGGAAUGUAAUUGAUAUCUGCCCUGUGGGUGCACUCACCUCUAAACCCUUCGCUUUUAAAGCUAGAAACUGGGAACUAAAAGGAACUGAGACCAUUGAUGUCACCGAUGCUGUUGGAUCCAACAUUCGUAUUGAUAGUAGAGGUCCAGAAGUGAUGCGCAUUGUACCACGCUUAAAUGAGGACAUUAAUGAGGAAUGGAUAUCAGACAAAACACGUUUCUGUUAUGAUGGUUUGAAGAGACAGAGACUAAAUGACCCCAUGAUUCGUGGUAGUGAUGGGCGGUUUCAGCCUGUGAGCUGGCGGGAUGCUCUUGCUGUGGUGGCUGAGGUCAUUCAUAGUGUUAAGCCAGAGGAAAUUGUUGGAGUUGCUGGUAAAUUAAGUGAUGCAGAAUCUAUGAUGUCACUAAAAGAUUUCUUGAACAGGAUGGGAUCAAAUAAUGUGUGGUGUGAAGGAAAUGGUAAGAAUACAAAUGCAGAUUUGCGCUCAGGAUAUCUUUUAAAUAGCAGCAUCAGCGGAUUGGAAAAAGCUGAUUGUUUUCUUCUAGUUGGUACCCAGCCAAGGGUGGAAGCUGCUAUGGUUAAUGCAAGAAUCCGCAAAACGGUCAGAGCCACAGGAGCUAAGGUCGGCUAUAUCGGACCACCUGCAGAUUUCAACUAUGACCAUCAGCAUCUUGGCUCAGGCCCUGAAACCCUAGUUGAGAUAGCCGAGGGUCGCCACGCUUUCAGCUCAGCACUUUCGUCCGCCAAAAACCCUGCCAUCAUAGUAGGUGCCGGGAUCUUCGAACGUGAAGAUAAAGAUGCCAUUUUCUCUGUUCUUCAAUCACUCACUGCCAAACAUGCAAACCUAGUCAGACCGGACUGGAAUGGGAUCAAUGUUUUGCUCCUAAAUGCUGCCCAAGCUGCUGCUCUGGACCUUGGGCUCGUGCCUGAAUCUGACAACAGCAUUGAAUCGGCUAAGUUCUUGUAUUUAAUGGGUGCAGAUGAUGUGAACCUAGAUAAGCUUCCAAAGGAUGCAUUUGUGGUAUAUCAGGGGCACCACGGUGAUAAGGGUGUGUACAGGGCUAAUGUUAUACUUCCAGCAGCAGCAUUCAGCGAAAAGGAAGGGACGUAUGAGAACACAGAAGGGUGUGCUCAGCAAACUGUGCCAGCUGUCCCAACUGUUGGUGACGCUAGAGAAGAUUGGAAGAUAAUUAGGGCUCUUUCUGAGGUUUGUGGGGCCACGUUACCUUACGAUACUAUUAAUGGGGUCCGGUCACGUAUCCGAAAUGUUGCACCAAAUCUGGUACAUGUGGAUGAGAUAGAACAGGCUACAUUUUCUGUAUCAGUGAAACCUGAGGUGUCUAGCAAGGUUAGUGCAACACCAUUUGGUGUUACGAUUGAAAAUUUCUAUAUGACUGAUGCGAUUACAAGGGCGUCAAAGAUCAUGGCACAAUGUAGCACAGUGUUGAGGAAGUGAGUGGUGGUUGGGUUUCAAAUAAAGUUAGCUUCUCACUUUCGAGUGUUAAAGAUGCUGCUGCUGCUUCUGUAAUUCCAGUUUUGAAAUAUUCGAAAAAAAGUCGAGAAAACAGUUGUAUAAUUUUGAUGCAAGUGCCCAUAAGUAGAGUUUUAUGCUACUCAUAAAUGGCAGCUUGGACAUUAAUGGUUUGUACCUUUUGUAAUUUUAAGGAUCACCCUGCGUGGGACUUGAUACUGUUGAACCAGUGCUUGUUUUCGUGACUGUUGUCAAAAAACAAAUCAAGGUUUGGAGUGUCUGAAGCAGAUCUUCUUUACUCUUGAUGGUUGUACAAGAUUUUAUAUUUUUAUUAGAAAUAAAUGUUUGUAUUCAACUUU